GAGCCUCCGGCGCCGGGACCACAAUUCCCAGGGUGCCCCGCGCCGUUGCCGCCGAAGCCGCUGCUGCCGAGACCAAGAUGGCUGGGAGACUCGCCGCCUUCCUCAAGAAUGCCUGGGCCAAGGAGCCGGUGCUGGUCGCGUCCUUCACCAUCGGGGGCCUCGCUAUAAUUCUGCCCAUCUUCAGCCCCUAUACCAAGUAUGCCAUCAUGAUCAACGAGGCCACACCCUACAGCUACCCAGUGCCCGUCCGAGAUGAUGGGAACAUGCCCGACGUGCCCAGCCACCCCCAGGACCCCCAGGGCCCAAGCCUGGAGUGGCUGAAGAAACUGUGAACACCUCCACUGACGGAAGGACAUCCCCUCCCCUGUGGUCCCCAAUAAAAAUGUGAAAACCGA